ACCUUUGGUAAAGAUUCGUCUCGUUUGACGACAGCCCACCUCCCUCUCUCUCUCUCUCUGCGCUUGCCAGCCAGGCGGCGGUGGCGAAUGCUAACAGGGGAGAGCGUUACAGGAGAGGACGAGGUGGAGGAAGACCGGAAGAAGGGAAUGACCGACGCGUUCCUCCAAUUACCCGUGCAAACACAAAAGGAGAUGCCGCAUUUUCACCCUCCCCCGCCACGCGCCAAUGAUUAGCAGAGAGAGAGAGAGAGAGAGAGAGACGGGAGGCCAACGAAACGGAAAUGAGGGUUUCUGAACAUUCUUAGGGAGGUGACUCUCUCCCUCUCUCUCUCUCUGUGUCAGUCCCUCGGCGGUGAGGGAUGGCGAUCGUGACGGGGGAUAGGUACUUGGAGUCGCUGGAGCGGUUCGUGGGGAGGCAGGCGGGGCCGCUCCUCGACGGCAGCAUCGUCCUGAAGCUCAACCCGGCAGGCCUCCACUACGUGCAGUCGCGGAUCGAGGCACUCGGGGAGUUGGAGGCGUUGCUGGCGGCUGCCCCCGUCGACUACCUCCGUGCCUACGUCUCCGACCUCGGCGACCACCGCGCCCUCGAGCAGCUCCGCCGUAUCCUCCGUCUUCUCACUUCCCUCAAGGUCGUCUCCGUCCUCCCAUCUCCCGCCAGGGAUCCCACGCCCCUCUCUCUCCUCUCCUUUGGCAGGCUUAAGGUGUUGGAGUUCCGGGGCUGCGACCUCUCGACGUCGACGGCCCGCGGCCUCCUCGCCCUUCGGCCCACCCUCGAGAAGAUUAUCUGCCACAACUCCACGGAUGCUCUGAGGCAUGUAUUUGCAGACAGGAUUGCAGAGAUUAGGAAAUGUCCUCCCUGGAAUCGGUUAACUACUGUCUCCUGUCCAUGCAACGGUCUUGUUCUCAUGGACGAGUCUUUGCACUUGCUUCCAGCAGCUGAAACACUGGACCUGAGCAGGAAUCGAUUUGCAAAAAUAGAUAAUCUAAGUGGGUGCACAAAAUUGAGAUACCUGGAUCUUGGAUUCAAUCAUUUGCGAACAAUCUCUUCUCUCACUGAGGUGUCCUGCCCAAUCGUUAAGCUUGUUCUGAGAAGCAAUGCAUUGACCAGUUUACGUGGCAUCGAGAAUCUGAAGCUGUUAGAAGGGCUUGACCUUUCUUAUAAUAUCAUUUCAAAAUUUUCAGAGAUCGAGCCUCUUGGAAGUCUGCCAUUCCUUCAGAAUCUGUCACUGGAAGGCAAUCCUAUCUGCAAUGCACGAUGCUACCGAGCCCAAGUGUUUAGCUGCUUUACUAAUUCUGACAGAUUAAAACUAGAUGAAAAAGGAAUGGACAACAAUGAUUUCUGGAAAAUGAAGAUAAUUCAUUCUGGAAGACAGGGAAAGCCUGCGGGAUAUGGAUGUUAUGCUCCUGCAACCGAAUCUGAACAAAAAAGAAUCUCUAAUGCCAACAAGAAAAAGCUGUCCCGCAUUGCACAUAUUGAAGAUUCAGUGCACAUGCAAGUUUCUGGUUCAGGGACUGUUGGUCAGGAAUCACUGAAUGUUGAGGAUUACAGUAGACAUGAGACAGGUGAAUCUGAAGGUGAAACAAAAUUGUUGGCAUCAUUGAGUAGACACGAGUUGAUAAAGAAAGAAAAAUCUGCUUCUCAGGUGGGAGAUGUUAAUAAAUCAUUGGAUCAGGACAGAGAGGAAUUGAUGGAGCAGAAGGAAAGCCCAAAAUUAAUUUCUAGGAGAAAGAAGUGCAUGGAAACUGGGGACAAGAAUAAACAAGGCGAAAGCACUAGCAGUAGUAGUUUGGAUGCCAUAAGAGCCCCAGCACAUGAUGAUCGUGCUGACAUACUAGCUUCAGAUGGUUUCCUGUCCAAUACUCCUGUUGCACAUAUAAAGAACCGGUAUUUUGUUUCUUGUGGUGAACCUGGGUUUUCUAAUACCAUGCAAGAUGGCAUGAAUCUAGAGAGUAGUUUUGUGCAUUUCAGUAAUUCAAUGGCCACAUCCCCAGAUGAUACGAACUACCAGAGAGAAAGCUUGUUGUCAUCAUUGACAGAUAUUGAUGAGAUAAUGGAAGCACAUCAUGUGUCUACUUUUCCUGGUUCACCACCAUAUUAUAAUGAAGGCAUGUUACAUCAACGACAAAACUUGGAGGAAGAAUUUAUGCAGCUAUCAGCUGGUUGUGAUUCUGUUGUGUCCUCCGAUAGUGACACUAGUUCCAUGAGUACCAGUGACAGAAACUACUGUGUAGAUAAUGGCCUGUUUCUCCAUUCUGAUGGAGUAGAUAAUGGUGAAACUCCAGAAGAAAGUAUUUCCAAACAUCCAAAUGAUGAAUUCUUUUACAAUACUUAUUACCGCGGAUGGCAUGGAGAUCUAUAUUCGAGGAAAAACGGCAGACUGCAAACAUCUCAUCCGGAAGCUAUUUCUGAUAUUGUGAAAGCAUUGGGAGACGGUAGUGCCAAAACAUCCUGUACAGAUGAUUUAUUGGCUAAUGCUGGUGGAGGUAAUCAUGAUGUCAGUCAAGACAUGCAAUAUAUGGAGAAGGUAAAAAACAAAAUCGAACCAAAGAGAAGGAUUAUUGCGCUGUCAAAAAAGACUCUACAGAGAGGAAACAAUGAACUUCUAAGACAGAAAUUACAUGGUGUCCCAGAUAUUUCUGGGAUUGAUAUGGAAGAAGAUUACGCAUUAGCGCCUAUUUCUAGACAGAAUGGUCAUUUGCAGUGUCCUGCAGAUUUUAAGCAUGUUUUCAUGAGUCAACCUGGACAUCUGCCCAUGUUUGAAUCCAUUGGUUCGACAUCAAAAAUUACUGUUGAUGAUUAUUCCACCUUAAUUUCAGAUGAAUUAAUGAGGAGCUAUUUCAAUAGCAAAGUGUCACAACGUCAAGCUUCUGAGACUUGCCAAGAAUAUGUAUUUUGUUCUUGUAUACAGAUCAGCCAUCAAGGCCUAGCUGAAAGCGAGGUGUCCAUAGUAUUGAGCAGUGAAAAUAAACUGUAUGUGCUCCAUCUAUCUGCAGCAGAACAGAUUCCAGGGGUGGCGUUUGACGUAGCAGCUUGCCACAGGCUGGGAGACAUCAAGGAUAUUGUUGUUGGAAUGGGAUUACUGGUCUUCAGGGUGCAAAUUACAGGGGAUAACACAUAUUUAUUGGUGACAAAGACUAUUCAGAAGUCAAGGGCAUUGCUAGGCUUAUUAUUGGCAUCUGAAUCCAACAGUACAGCUGAAAGAUGUACCAUAAAAAGUUGGGAACAGAACCAGAUAAACUUGUUCGAUAGUCAUAUUUGUGGUGGCCUGAAAGUGAGCAUAAAUCUCUAUGCCAUGCUCCUGUUUUGGCAUGAAAAUGGAAAAGGAGAGUCAUGGAUUAUAAGAUCAAUCAUUCUGAUUGAAGGAUAUAUCCUUAUUUGCAUAGAGGAUCUUCGACAGUUUGGCUUGUUUAAUGGUGAUUGUGGAGCACCAAGGCCAUACUUUUACCUUGAUUCCUGCUGUUCUAUUUGUGACAUAUCUGAGAUGGUUAUCGAGCAAAAAGGAAGUGGGUGUGUGACCUUACUAUUGGACCGCGUUACUGCCCCUGAAAAGAUGCACUUAUCAGGAGGGACCGAGAAGAAAGAAACGGUGAAGAGUGGAGGUGCCCUCCUUACCUGGAGAUUUAAGUGGUUCUCUGAAGAAACCCUGCUCAAUUUCGUAGCUUUGGUCAAGGCGUUGUAUGCAGGAACAACUUUAUCUCCGCUUACUGUAAAAUAUGCAACUUAAAUAUUGUAAAUCAUUUGUCUAGUCUUCAUUUGAUUCAUUUUUUGAUUGGUUGUUUUCGCUGUUCUCCUUUUGUUGUUCUAGUUGAUCAUUCUUGGUAUUUUUUUUCUUGUUAUCAUAAAAGUGCUUUUGUAAUAGUAAUGUGUUCCUCAAUAAUUCAGUAAAUAAUAAAGUUUUGUACA